GUCGGUUAUCUCGACCUACUGACUCACGGCGGCAUUUUAAUAGUUCAAUUUUUCGGGUUUGAGGGUACUGUUUAAUCUGUCAUAAUUCGAAGUUAGUGGUGCACGUGGACAUCCCUCAUUGCAUUGUCACAAGCAGUCAAAAUACCUUGGAAUUUUUUUACGCCGGCCUCUAAUGUCGUUUGUUGGUACUGAUUGGACACUCUCCCUAUUGCAUGCUGGUUCCUAUCUAAAUAUUGAUGACAUCCUGGCAUCUAAUGAGCGCACAUUAUGUCGUGUUCGUGUGUCACUCCCAUCUCUGGCACCGUUACUGCUUUCAGAUAUAAAGGAUAACAUACGUGACGAGAGUAAUAAUGAUGGUUAUAGAACUUCAGAUGACGUACCAGCAGGAAAAAGAAUCCAUUUGCCAGUAUGGUUGGCUCUAGCUCUUGGUAGUGGUAGGAGACACAUAGUUAGUAUUGAUGUACCUCUCAUUUAUCAGGAUGCGUUUGCUGAAGUGUUUAAUGCAGGUCCAUGCGUAGUUGACCUCAAAAGAAGAGGACCUAUGUAUUACAUCUUACUGUGCAAUUUAUUGACAUCAGGUCACAUCAAGAUUCCACAAAUUGUCGCCACUGGAACUAAGGUUUUCCAGACGCGACUAAAAAUGGUCAUGGAUGCUUCACUUAAUGCUUCUCGGCAGGAGACCCUAUCAUCUACAUCCAAAUUUGACAAUCUGGAAAUGGCUUUAUUUCGAAUCGGUCAAGCUGCAAAAAUGCAGUUUGAACUCUGGCUUACUCGUCGUCACCGGAAAAUUGAAGCUUCUAAAGCAGUUCGUGCUGCGCUUUAUAAAUAAACUAUUUGUUUAUGGUUGAACUUCAUUUUCACGAGAUAUUAUUGUAGUUUUUGUGCUGU